AUGGACUUAAGAUGGUUAUAGGAUGACGAUAACUUAGCAACUGCAGAUUAAUGCGACCAUUUUAAUGCAUCUUUCAUUAGUUCUCCAAAUAGAUCAUAAAUAGGAAAAACAAUAAAAAAUUAAUACACUGCAGUUGAAUUCACCGACACUUUGGGGAAGAUAUUUUAAGCUAUAAAGGAGAAAAAUUUGAAACAAGUUUAAAACUUAGUGAAUACACAUCAACAAAGAUCAAACAAUUUGGGAGGAGAUCCAGAAUUUAGAUGGGACAUCAUUAAUGAUUUAAGUCUAAAUUGGUCUCCUCUUCAUCAUUCCAUUUAUUUGGGUUGCGAAUAAAUAUUUAUGUGGUUUUUAAGCCUAGGAGGUGAUAUUACAUCGAUUACUUACGAUGGCUAUUCUGCUUUAACUUUGGCUGUUUUAUCAAAAAGUGAAUUAAUGGUCAAUCUAUUGAUUGCAUAACCAAACCUAAAUGUUAACCAUGUAUCACGGAAAGGAUCAGCUUUGCAUAUUGCAGCAUAAUCAAAUCAAAUUGCCAUUUUGGAAUUACUGUUGCAACACCCCAACAUCAAUUUGAAUAUAUACAAUGAUCAAUUACAAUAACCUAUCGAUUUAGCAACAGGAAAGGCUAAAAAGUUGCUAUAAAAAGAAAUAUAAUAACGUACGGAUGUAUAUUAGGAAUAAUCAAAAUCCUAAAUAUCAAUAAAGAGUUUAGACAAUUGUCAAAUAAAUACAAUAGAUACAUUCCUUAUCAACAGACCAAAGAAGCCGCCUGUUUACAAAGGAUACGUUGAGAAGUUGCACUUUUCCCACUUAUAUUCCUAUUAAAGAUAUAUAGUUGUAGAUCCGGAGUGUGGAACUUUGGUGAGAUUCCAAAAUAAAGAAAACUGCCCUUUAAAUCCCAAAGAGACAAUACCACUUUAAAAUAUAUAUAAUCUGUAGAUAAUUGUUAAAGAUAGAACAUUUGGUAACUAUUCAAUUUAAUUGUUGAUUGAAUACAAUGAAAAAAAAAUAUAUUUUCUUUUUUAAACUAAAUAAACUGCAUAAAUGUGGUAUGAUUCAAUCAAAACAGCAGCAGGAUAUUCAAAAUAUGUGAAAUAUAAGAUAGAUUAAUACUGUUAAAAAAAUGAAGGAUAAAAGGUAUUUAAUCAAGUCAAUAGCUUAUUAUUGGAUAUGAAUAAUUAGUCAAUAGAGAUUGAUUAAUAAAUUAAUGAAGAGUAAUAAAAGGAACAGAAUAUUGAAGUAAAGAAAAAAUAAAAAAAACAGUUGUUCGAUAAUCUUAAAUUCUCAGAUUUUUUUAUUUUGGAAAUUCUUUAGAAAGGGUCCUUUGGCACAAUUUAUAAGGCUAAAUAUUUCAAAGAUGAAAAGAUGUAUGUUUUAAAGUAAUAAAACAAAGAUUAACUCAGAAAGUUUUCUUAACUUGAUUAUGCAAUCAAUGAAGUAAAACUCUUAAGAAAGAUAAAUCAUCCCUUUAUUAUUAGUGUAAAUGGGUUAUUUUAAACUAAACAAAAUUUGUAUUAUUAAAUGAAAUAUUAUGAAAAAGGAGACCUGUCUGAAUAUAUAGGAUAGGGUUGUGUUUUAUCUGAGAAUGUAUCUAAGAUUUUGGUCGCAUAAGUAAUAUUAGCAAUUGAAUACUUACAUUCAAUCAAUAUCAUAUAUAGAGACCUGAAGCCGAUGAAUAUCUUAGUAAGUAAAAAUGGGUUCUUAAAGUUGGCUGAUUUGGGAUUGGCUAAGGAAAUUAUAAAUGAUAGGGUUGCCUUAUCAUUUUGUGGAUCUCCUGCUUAUUUGGCCCCUGAAAUCAUAAAAGGUGAUGGUGCAACCUAGUCUGUUGAUGUAUAUGGAAUAGGAGUCUUGCUAUAUGAAAUGUUGAGUGGAUAUCCUCCUCAUUACGUAAAAAAUAUAGACUUAAUGCUGGAGAGAAUUUAAUAUUGUCCUAUUGAUUAUGAUAGAAUAAAAUCAAAAAUGGCAGUCAAAAUCUUGAAGGAACUGCUUUAGCGAGAUUAGACGCAGCGUCCAAAUUUGGCAGAGAUAAAGAAUCAUAUAUUUUUUGCUGAUAUUUGUUGGAAUAAACUACUGACUAAAAGUAUGCUUCUUCCGAAAUUGAUAAAGAGAAACAAGGAGUAAAUUAUUAAUUAACAAAAAUUUUCAGAAGCAAUUAUUGAUGAAGACUAUUUGGAUGAGGAGGAGAAGCUCAAUUAUAUUGAGAAUUGGAGUAUGUCAUGA